AUCACGAUCGGAGGUCUAGGACUCUCGUGCAAUUAGAUCAUUCAGUACCGAUUCUAGCGAUCCAAAGACACGUCCCACCACUGGUGAACAAUCACCAAAACCAUAAAGAAAAUCCCAAGACCCACAUAAACAUCCGGUGACCAACAAUCACCGAGAAAUAAAAGCCCCCGAAAACCCAAAAAAAACUGAAAUUCGAUCGCUCGACCUCUCUGUGACUUUUCAAUCAUCCAUUAUAUUUCAGAGUAGACCCAAGUGUAUGAAUUUAGUGUUGUGUUAAUAAACCAGAAGGAAAGUACAAAUAAAACCGUCUAGUGCUGCUGCGCACUGAGUUUAACAAUCCCCCCUCGUUCGCGUCCCUUCCUUUGUAGGCGAAUCCAGUGUUGCCCCCGCAUUUUGCUAUGUGACAGAUAUUACGGGGCACCCAGUGUGCGCGUACCCCACGGGUCGUAAAAAACGCCAGUUUAAAUUCCUUAUUUUCACUUAAUUCCAAACAAUCGUGAGAACUUUCGAACAAGAGUGAGAGAGAAUCAUCUGCCGGGCGCACACACGUUCGAGGGGACGUUUAGGUUUUGGUGUGUGCGCCUCUGAUAUUUUUCUACGCUUCAAUCACACGGAGGUCAGCCCCGGGAGAAGUCCUCUUUGUCCUUUUUUUUUCUCUUUUUUUUCCAUUAAUUUCCGAGGAGAAAUGGAGUGUCCACAUCUAGCGCAGAGCGUUCGUCUUGGUGGAGACGAUGUUGAGCCGAAUUACGGAGGCAAGGAACUUCCGUUCGUCUGCGCAGUAUGCGGCACGGAGAAGAGUACUUGGUUGUGCCUGCACUGUGGUACAGUACACUGUGGGCGUUACGUGGCUGGCCAUGCCCUGCAGCAUCACGAAAAAAAUAAUCAUCACUGUGUGUGCAUUGACUGCGAGAAUCUGGCGGUGUUCUGCUAUUCAUGUGAUGAGUACGUAGUUAACGACACAUCAACAGGCCAAAUAGAAAAAAUACGCCAGACUACAUUCCAUAAAAGUGAACAGAAAGAGAACGACGAGAGUUGGAGUUCAUCAGCAUCACCAGACCUAGACAGUGGUAACGGUGAUAAUGAUGAUUCCGAUGCACUUUGGAAGACUGAAGUUGUAGUAAGAAAUUUAAGACCACGAACUAGAAAGAGAUUGCACUCACUCGAUGGUACCAGUGGCGAUAAUCGACCAGUGACAAAACGACGUACAUCCAAAAUAACCAAAGAGAAGAAAGUCGUUGGUCUGAGAAAUCUUGGAAAUACGUGUUUCAUGAAUGUUGUACUUCAGUCCUUUAAUAAUAUCAGCCAUUUCUGUGAAUAUUUAACGCAAAUGCCGAGCUUAGAGGGAAUUGCAUUUGAUGAGCCACCGACACACAGGGGGAGAAUUGUGGCGCCUGGGAGGGCUAAGGAAUUAAGUGAUGCGUUACUUGCUGAAGAACUGAGAAAAGUACUUCUUAGUUUGAGUCUAGGUGGUUCAAAUGGCCAAGCCAUAUCUCCCGAGUGUCUUUUCCUCGUAAUAUGGAAAGUGGUGCCACGUUUUAGGGGCUACCAGCAGCAGGACGCUCACGAAUUUUUGACUUACAUGCUUGAUAGACUUCACACUGAGCUUCUCCAGCUACUGCCAAGACUGGGUCAUGAACCACUUGGGCUUAGGGGUAAACAGAGCAUUGUCACUGCCGUUUUUGGGGGCACGCUACUCAGCGUGGUCCACUGUAUGAACUGCCGAACAGAUUCUAAGACUCACGAGCCAUUUCAAGAUCUCUCACUGGACAUUCCUGACAAACUGCAACGGAGAAAUGCAACCAAGGAGCAGGAGGAAGUGUGCAGUCUCACCUUCAGUCUAUCACGUUUCUUCAAGGUCGAGGAGCUAGCCGACAGUGAGCUGUACUUCUGCGACAACUGCAUGGGAAAGCAGCGCUCCACCAAGCGAUUCUGGAUACACAGGCUGCCUAACGUGUUGUGCCUUCACAUAAAAAGAUUUAGGUGGUGCAAUUCCUAUCGCUCCAAGGUGGACACCCAGGUGGAUUUCCCCAUGGAGUCACUCGAUAUGUCCAUGUACACAGUUCGAGGCUCAACUGGGGGUAAAAUGGGGCCACAAAACGGCCAUCUCUAUGAUCUUGCUGCUGUUAUUGUUCAUCAUGGAUCAGGAGCUGGUACUGGACAUUACACUGCCUUUGCCGUCCACGACGGCCAAUGGUUUCACUUCAAUGACAGUAGUGUACGUCCAGCAAGCACCGAAUCUGUCGCCAAGUGUAAACCCUACAUUCUCUUCUACGUACGACGUGAAUUUUCAAUUCCACCGCCAUUGUGACAUCGUACAAUUAAAAUCAAUGAUGACGGUGAGAACGACGAGGAAGAGGACGAGGAGGAUAGCGUUCACGAUAGCAUUGAUAACGGAAUCGAGAAGAAAUGAGAUAAUUUACGUCAGUAUUUCUUCCCUUUCAAUCCCCUUUCAACGAGAUGAGGAUCGACAUGCUUUUGAAUAUCGUUGAUAACGAUGUAUUCGUCGGCUCUCCCCCUCCCCCACACACAUCGUCAGAUCUCUUUCUCAAUGAAUCUAGAGUGCCUCGUUCCGUCGAUUACGCGUCGUCGAUUGUCAUGUAAUUAAUUUUCGAAUCAUUUUUUCAUUCGAAUUUCCACGAAAAGUUGUGACGCGUCAGUUACGUCUUGCUGAAUGUGGAAUUAUCUAGAUAAGGAGUGUAUUUGUGGGAAAAUAUCAUGUGUGGGAGACAUUUGUGUUGAGAAUUUUAUAAGUCACAAAAAAGAUUUUUUGACAUUUUUUCUCAAUGUAAGGGUUCCGGAGAUAUCGACGAACUUAUUAAUUCGCAAUUUAUGAAAAUUCCUUUAUAGUCUAAAAGGAAGUUUCAGAUCAUUUCGCAAAUAUUUGUUGCAAACAAAUUAUUUUGACAUUUUUCUCUUAAUCCAAUAGCUGUAGAGAUAUUCGCGGAAUUAUCUCUACAAAAUUCGAACGAUUUCCGUAAUUGUCUGUGAGAAACUCAAACUAUUUUGCAAAUAUUUCCAAAACUAAUUGACUCAGGAGACGUCAGAACACAUAUUUUGAGCAUUUCAUAAGUCACAAAAAAAUUCUCUUACAAAAUAUUCGCAAGAAUCAUCGACAAGAAAUUUAUGAAAAUUCCUUGAUUAUUUUACAGGCAAAAUCUUAUGACACCUCCUCCCCAACCAUUCUAUUCUAAAGAUAUUUCCAUAUUCUCUAGACAAUUCCCAUCUGACUCGUUACAUAAUCUCUCUAACUACUCCGUCCUGCUUGCGGACAGGCAUCUUAGCAAAACAAAGCAAAAAUAAUGAUAAGAAAUCUAUUAUAAAGAAACACCGAGACACCAUGGAAGCUUUAGCCAAACCAAAUUGCUAAAAUGAGAAGCCCAUAAUUCACUGAAUUAAAGAGAAAGAACUGUCACAAAGGUCUACUACUUCUCCCUCCUCGUCCCCUCUCCAUUCGCAUCUCCGACGUUUAGUUUCUCUCGAACUUAGGUAGAAUGAGCAAAUUCUAUAUUUUUCUAGCUACCGGAACGUUAAUAGUGAAGAAAAGAAUGAAGUAAGAGUUGCCAAUCGUUUUUUAAGUACUAAAAAAAAUUAAUAGAAAAAAAGGUAAUUCAUUGUGAUAUAGAGAAACGAAGGCAUUAAAGGUGUGUUUAAACAUGUGGUCGUAAAAAAAAAGUUGUAUAAAUCGAACAUAUAGUUAUUAUUAUGUAUGUGUAUAAAUAUGGAUGUGUAAUUAUUAUACGUGAAUGUGGGAAAAUCUGAGUGAUUAAUCUAAAGUAAAAGCAACAGAAUACAUUUUGCUUAUUUGCGUAAUGAUCUUGCGGUGUCACGGUGGAUUAAAAAAUUCAUUCAUUCAUUCUUCAUUUCAUUUUCUAUUCUUUCUCAUUUUGAUGAUUAUAAAGAUAGACCAGACGCUCAAACACUUGAAGAAUCACUCGUGAAUUUGUGGACUUUUGAGAAGAAGAGUUGAGUUGAAUAAUUUCAUGCAAUAGAAAUUUGCAAAUAUCUUUGGGAUGAGUGGAUUUACGAGAAAAUGUUGAGAGAUCUUUUUUGUGCGAAAUUUCAUAAGCUACAAAAAAAAUUUUUCCACUCAUCUUCUUAGUCAUUUAAAUCCUCGAAUUGAUUCAAAAAAUGACAAAGAUUAUUUGAGCAUCGCGGGCAGGUGUUUACGAAUCAUAUUCUUAUGUCAUCCCCCAUGUCUGCGCAAUGACCUGAAUCUCCUAAGCAGGAAAAAUAAAUGAAACUGCGCAAAAUGAUGAUUCCCCACUUUUCAAUAUCGCUUAAUCCUUUGAAUUUGACCAGGGGGCAAGAAAAUCCAGCGAUAAUUCCCCUCAUACUCUCCCCUAUCACUCGUAAUUCUGUCAGAUAAAGUGCGAAAACAAUGAAAAAUGCUCGACGACUCUUAUGUGAUUAUUUAAAGACUUAUUUUUUCUAUAACGAAGUAAUCUUAACAAUUAAAGAAAGGAAGAAAACAAUAAAACUAUAACGAUAAGUUGAUGACACAUUAGUCCAUGAGAAACAGUUUAUUGAAGUGUAAAAAUAAAAAAUAAAAAUCGACGAGAUGAAAAAUGACAAAAAUUCAA